GGAUAAGAUAAAACCUACACACACCCACAUGGAUUUCACAUAAUCUCAGAAAUCAAAAUCAAAGAAAAAGAGGAAGAAAAAAAAAGCAACAAUGGGGUUUGUUUCAUUCCUCUCAACACUCCCAACUCUGCUUCCAAUUGCUCCAUUACCUUCCUACAAUUCAUCAAAAUGCCCAAUUCAUUCUGGAACGAUUAGUUGUAAAAUUGAUGAUGGUGGUAGCAAUGAGAAGAGUGUUCGGAGAAGGGACAUUCUUAACUGCUUUGGGGCUGCCAUUAGCAUGGAAUUGGUGGCAAGUUCAACCCAAACCCCGAGCCCGUUUGUUGAGGUAGCAAAUGCUGCUGAUCUGAUACAACGUAGACAACGUUCCGAGUUUCAAUCAAGUAUAAAGACAACCCUCUACACAGCCAUCAAGGCAAAUCAGGAGCUUAUUCCAUCCAUAUUAACGUUAGCACUUAAUGAUGUGAUGACAUAUGAUAAGGCCACAAAAUCUGGAGGCCCAAAUGGAUCCAUACGGUUUAGCUCGGAGAUCAGCAGACCGGAAAACAAAGGACUUUCUGCUGCUUUAUCACUGGUGGAGGAUGCAAAAAAGGAGAUCGAUUCUUACUCGAAAGGUGGACCAAUUUCAUAUUCCGAUCUCAUCCAAUUAGCAGCUCAAAGUGCUCUUAAAGCUACAUUUUUGGCUUCGGCUAUUCGAAAAUGUGGUGGUAACGAAGAAAAAGGGAACUUGUUAUACUCUGCUUAUGGCUCAAGUGGACAGUGGGGUUUGUUUGAUAGGCAAUUUGGACGAUCGGAUGCUCAAGAACCUGAUCCGGAGGGAAGAGUACUCGAUUGGGCAAAAGCAAGUGUUCAAGAAAUGAAAGAAAAGUUUAUAGCCAUCGGCUUUGGUCCUCGCCAGCUAGCAGUAAUGUCAGCAUUCUUGGGUCCUGAUCAAUUGGCAACGGAAGCCAUGUUAGCCAUGGAUCCAGACGUCACUAAAUGGGUCGAGAAAUACCAACGAAGCAGAGAAACGGUUUCUGAGACUGACUAUGAGGUCGAUUUGAUUACAACUCUUACGAAAAUGAGUUGCUUGGGUCAAACCAUUAACUACGAGGCCUACUCGUACCCUGUCCAGAAGCUCGAUUUCUCAAAACUCAAGUUGUAAAAACGGUAGAUACUACGAUUUAUCAUCAUGGAACGGAUAACACGAAUAGAGUCACGAAUAUGACUGGUUUGGGCUGUGAAAAUGUUUAUUCGCUUGCGGCAUAUAUCCGAGAAGAGUGUGGUUUUGUUUUAGAAAAGGUUCGCAUUUAGAAAGUUACGAUUACAUUCAUAAACAUUGUAAUGAUUUUUUUUCAUGUAUCGAAACGAUAAAACUCAUGUGAUAUAUGUUAUAUUCGGUAAUUGCGGGUGUUUGAG